AUGUCCCCUGCUUCAGGCCUGGGGCCCAGGUGGUUACUCUUUUCCUUUGGAAUGGGACUGGUAUCGGGGACAAAGUGCCCAACUAACUGUCAGUGUCAAGCCCAAGAAGUGGUCUGCACAGGACUACAAUUAACUGCGUACCCCUCUGACAUUCCCUUGGGUACCCGGAGGCUGUACCUAAAUAUUAACAGCAUCACCUUCUUGCCAGCGAUGAAUCUAGGACUCCUCAGUGACCUUGUUUACUUGGACUGUUCAUUUAACCGGAUUCAGGAAGUGAUGGAUUAUACCUUCAUCGGGGUCUUCAAGCUCAUCUACCUUGAUCUCAGCUCCAACGAUAUAAACUCGAUCUCCCCGUUCAGUUUCUCCAUGCUCAACAACCUGGUGCAGCUAAACAUCUCCAACAACCCUCACCUGUUAUCUCUUAACAAGUAUACCUUUGCCAACACCAGCUCUUUGAGGUACCUGGACCUCAGAAAUACCGGCUUGCAGACCUUGGAGCACACAGCCUUCACCAACCUCAUAACACUACAGACCCUGUAUCUGAGUGAGAAUCCCUGGAAAUGCAACUGCUCUUUUGUGGACUUCACCAUCUACUUAAUAGUGUCCCAUCUGAACCACCCAGAUGAAGAACAUGCCACAUGCUUGGAGCCUACAGAGCUGGCAGGGUGGCCCAUCACACAGGUGGGGAACCCGCUACGCUACAUGUGCCUCACGCACCUGGACAGUCAAGACUACAUCUUCCUGCUGCUCAUUGGCUUCUGCAUUUUCUCAGCGGGCACCGUGGCUGCCUGGCUCACGGGCGUGUGUGCAGUGCUCUACCAGAACACCCAGCGCAAGACCGAGGAGAUGGAGGACGAGGAAGAGCAUGGGCAGAAGAUGCGGGUCAGCAGGCGCAUUUUCCAGGGCAAGAAUGACUCAGCCCACGAUGGGUUUCCUCAGCUGAUUUAG